AUUUUCGAACUUUACUUGAGUGUUUGUUAUCCAUUCCCGCCUCCAAACUCUUUCACCGGAAAAUGACUCUCCGACUCAUCUCACCGCCGCCAUCCUUCCACCGGUUCACCUGUCAUGCCACCACCCAUCCUCCUCCUCCUCCUCCUCAAAUCUCCACUGCAACCCCCAUUUCUUCAACUCCACACCCCCCUCCACUAACAUGCGCACUUCAUUGCUCUCAUUUCCAAUCGUGUUCGGGGUGUACACAUGAGCUUAACCUCCAUCGUCCGGUAAUAGUGGAAGAUGCUGCUAAUUUCUUUCGGAAUUACGGUGUUACAGACUUCACAUUUGAUACUUGCAAAUUGUGGGGUUGGAGGUGUCGUGCGAAAUUGGCCGUGCGUGGUUCUUCAACCAACCCUCUUAUUGGGCUUUAUGAGGAGGGUACUCAUAACGUAAUUGACAUUCCAGAGUGCAAAGCUCAUCAUCCUAAUAUUAAUGCUGCUGUGGAGCUGCUUAGGCGAGGUAUUACUGAAUUAGAUAUUGAACCAUAUCUUGAAGAUGAAGGCACUGGCAAUUUGCGAUAUGUUCAGAUGGCUGUGACAACACACAACACGUCUCUUCCCGCUGGGCAAAGAUAUAUGAGUGGUAAGGUUCAGGUUACAUUGGUUUGGAAUUCAAGAAAUGAAAAAUCCCAUGGUUCAGACAAACUGAAUGCACUGGCAAAUUUUCUAUGGAAAAAUGGUGGGCCACAGAGCAGGCUUCAUUUAAUUCAUUCAGUGUGGGCCAACUUUCAGACUACUGAUAAAAAUAUAAUUUUUGGGAAUAGAUGGAGGCAUCUUCUUGGAGAAAGAGAUUUUUGGGAACAUGUUGGUGGAAUUGAUGUCUCAUUGGCCCCUUCUAGUUUUGGACAGGCAAACACACGGGCUUUUGACUCCUUGCUACAGAAGUUACAGAAAUAUGUUCCAUAUGAAUCAUCUGUUGCUGAUUUGUAUGCUGGAGCUGGGGUCAUUGGGUUAUCAUUAGCCGCGACAAGAAAGUGCAGAUCCAUUAAAUGCAUUGAGAUUAACAAAGAGUCGAAGGUAUCUUUCGAGAAGACUAUUCAACGUUUGCCUGCCACCGUUGACAGCAGCAUCACUUGGCAUCAUGCAGAUGCUUCAAAAGAUCCUUUUUCGUGGCUUGUGGGCUCAGACGUUGUAGUCAUCGAUCCUCCUAGAAAAGGACUAGAUUCAUCUCUUAUUGAUGCAUUGAAGAAUAUAUCAUUAGUGGCGCGUAAAGCUUUGUCAUCAUCAGAACGCUCAAACUCAGUCCAAGAAGAGAAAAGACCAUGGGUUUUACGUGCUAAUGAAACUUCAGUGGCGCGUAAAGCUUUGUCAUCACCCGAGGCAAACAUUACUCCACUAGUGCCACAAACCCUUAUUUAUAUAAGUUGUGGAUGGGAAAGUUUUAAAGAGGACUGCAAGUCAUUGUUGUCAAGUAAGGCAUGGUAUUUGGAAAAAGCUCAUGGUUUUAAUUUUUUUCCUGGUACUCAAAGGUGUAGUUGUGUUUUGGUGUGUGUGGGAAAGAAUAGGGCAAAGCUUUUAACCUAGUGUAGAGUCUGUGGAGGGGGAGACCUGUGAAACAAUAUUACUAUUGAGAUCCUGUUAUUCCACCCGCAUUAGUUCACACUUAAAAUGUCCAAUUUUGUGUGUGAGGGGAUGUGUUGGGAGUCCCACGGUACCUAGAAAUAUGACCUAAAGUGUGCUUUAAAGGUUUGGACUGCCCCCACCUUACAAGCCGGUGUUGUGAGGUUGAUUUAGACUCAAGUUAUAUUUUAACGUGAUAUCAGAAUUUAUCAUAGGUUUAUUAUUGGGCCAAAAUCUAUAUUACUCCACCCGGAUGCUCCACAUGUCUAGUCCUGGAUGUGAUGGUGUGCUGAGAUCCCUGUUAUCCUACCUUAGCAGUGUUUAUAAUGCUCGAGCAGCAGUGACCUCACAAGCCGAUUUUGGGGAGUUGAGUAAGACAACCUAGAUUCUAAGAAUCACUAAAUUAAUAUUGCGAUUUAAUGAUAUUUUUUCUGUUAAAAAAACGAAAUCAAUAUUGUAAAUAAUGCGGACACCUGGGUAACUUAAAACUGCGUUUAGAGGGUAUAUUUGAACUCAUUGUUUGUAACCAUAUUGAUGGGUGAUCCCCUACCACCCUUUACAGUCUCCUCCUUUCUCAAGACAACACUACU